CAGGAGGCUGGCUGCUAGUGCUGGCACUGCUCACCUACAACAGAGAAAAUUUGGAGUCUCGAACCUCUUCUGACUGCAGAUUAGGACAAAUCCUGCCCAGGGGAAGCGACAGCAACUCAGAGGAAUACCAUGCUGUAGAAAUAAAGCGGGACAAAAUUCACUUUUACAAUAGAAGAACAUUUUUAUUUUGUUUACAUGCACUAUUAUACUUCACACCUUUCAAAGUGAAGUCAGCGUUUUUCUUUGUUUAACGUUAGCCUACUUAGCCUAACCGAGCCUAGUGCAUUCUCUCACCGGGUUGGAGAUAGACUUGUAGGAAUACAAACGUUUUUCGUUCCUUUAAGAAGUGAGGAGUUUUUCACGGAGCCGAAAGUAACGUGGACUCCCCCCCAUACCCACACGCACACACACACACCCACUUUACUUUGCAUUCGGUGCAGAUAUGUCUUGGUUUAGAUUGGGCCUCUUAAUUUCUUUUAGUUUGUUUCUCUCCCCGGUACAUUUGUCAGCGGAGCAGCAACAGAGCCAGAGCGGCUUUAGGAGGCUGUUCGUACUCCAAUCCGGCUCGGUUGGAUCGGACGGCGGAGUGCGAGUCAGCUCUAUCUCGACGCACCGCGGUGAGGCUGGGAAGCAUAUGUACAAAGUUGAUCUCAAUGCCAACUUUGGCGGCCAGGUCCGGAGCCGCAGGAUGGGGAACCAAGCGGCUUCAGUCCCACAGUUAAGUCAGCCGCAGCCGGUCUUCCGGCUGAGCGAACACGAGCAGCGCCAGCCUAAACAGCCCAUGAAACUGUCGGGGGUGAAUGUGUGUGGAGGGCAGUGCUGUCAUGGAUGGAGUAAAGUUCAGGGAUCGCAGAGGUGCACCAAGCCCAAUUGCAUCCCUCAGUGCCAGAAUGGAGGGAUGUGCCUCAGGCCUCAGCUCUGUGUCUGCAAGUCUGGCUCAAAUGGGAAGUCAUGUGAGCAAAAGACACAUCCUUUUCCAGCACUGCCUGGGAAUGGACCCAUCAAUGGACACACUUCUGGACACACUAAUGGACACCAGUGGCCUAUACCUCAGCAAGCCCCUCCAAAUGGUUAUGCUUCUGUCCCUUCUCCAUCAAAUAACAUGGCACAGAUGAAACUAUCUGUCAAGUCUGCCCCCCAGCUUUUACAGCCCCAUUACAUCCAACAGCACAUCCAGCAGCAUAUCCAGUCCAUGCCCGUGCAGCCAGUUCAGAGCCAGCAGUAUGUUAUAAAACCCAAGUACUAUCACACACAGACCACGUACACACAGACAUCUGUCCAGCCCCAACGUGAGAGGCCUAUCCCGCUAGCAGUAGGACACAACCCCAUUCAUGCGGACAGCAAUACAGGCAGGAUAAAGGUGAUCUUCACACCAACCAUCUGCAAAUUAACCUGUAUAGGAAGCAGAUGUCACAACAGCUGUAAGGAGGGAAAUACCACCACUAUCAUCAGUGAGAAUGGCCAUGCUACAGAUACCCUGACAGCACCGAACUUCAGAGUGGUUGUGUGUCACCUACCAUGUAUGAAUGGUGGCAAGUGCAGUGCCAGGGACAGGUGUCAGUGCCCUCCCAACUUUACUGGAAAGUUCUGCCAGAUACCUGUUGAUAAUGGACAUCAGCAGACGCCAGAUGACUACAGCCAGACUCAGGUCCAUGCUACACAUACAUUGCCUCUGAGCUACAGCAUCGGCCAGAGUACUGUUUUCAGCCCAAGCAUUGUCAAUAUCCACAUAAAACAUCCUCCAGAGGCCUCUGUCAAAGUCCACCAGGUUUCUCAGCUGGAUAAUUACCACAACGGGCACCCCUUGCAAGGGUCUCAGUCAGGCUCCUCUUCUCCUACCAGCUACAGCUACCACCAGACAGAGAGCAGUCAGAAAAUCCAGCACCACAGCUACAACGUAGUAUAUCCCAGGCAGCAUGGCUACCAGGUCUCCCAGUACCAGCCUGUGACCUCCAAAAACAUGCUGGGCCGCUGCUUCCAGGAGACCACAGGGAAUCAGUGCGGAAAGGCUCUGCCAGGUCUCACUAAGCAGGAGCAGUGCUGUGCAACAAUUGGGACAUCCUGGGGUUUCCACAAAUGCCAGCAAUGUCCAAAAAAACUAUCUAUCCCUCUGAUUGGUUGCCCCCAGGGUUACAAGAGAAUCAACAGUUCUCUUUGCCAAGAUUUAGAUGAGUGCCAGCUACAUGGUAUGUGUCUGAACGGAAACUGUAUGAACACGAUUGGCAGCUACAGGUGCAUGUGUAAACCCGGCUAUGUCCCUGACUCCACAUUCACCACUUGCAUAUCCAACACACCUGCCAUUCAAGAGAAGAAAGGGGCUUGCUUCCGUUUGGUCAGCUCAGAGAGGCAAUGUUUGCACCCACUGUCCACCCAGCUAAGCAAACAGCUCUGCUGCUGCAGUGUGGGCAAGGCCUGGGGCCCUCGUUGCGACAAAUGCCCCCUUCUGGGAACAGCUGAGUUCAAAGAGAUCUGCCCUGGAGGAAUGGGCUAUACUGUUCUACCAAAUCCACCUGUCAAGCCAGUCACCAUUUACCAGGAGUCCACUGUCCUCCUACCAUCCCAGCCCCUACCAACAUCAGCGACACCAAUGGAGGCUUUUGGAAAAUCUGAAGAGAUGAUACCAGAGGUUGUUGAGAGGAACUCUCCCCCUGCACCAGUGGAAAUCCUCCCAUCUAAUGAGGGCCAGGACAUCGCCCCCACUCAGUCAGUUGAGUUGGAUGAGUGCCAGAUCAGCCCUUACAUUUGUGGCCAGGGGAUUUGUUACAAUACAGCUCAGGGUUACACUUGCCACUGUCAUGAGGGAUACCACCUGGAUGACACCCAAACUACUUGUGCUGAUGUGAAUGAGUGUUUACAAGAAGCCAGGCCCUGUGAGCCUAUUGGAGAAUGUGUUAACAACAUGGGUUCCUACACCUGUACCUGCCCUGAGGGAUACCAACAGAUAAAUGGUACUAGCUGCAGAGACAUUGAUGAGUGUGGACUGAAUGAGACAUUGUGUAGUCCGCAUGGCUUCUGUGAGAACAGCCUGGGCUCUUUCCGAUGCCUGUGUGAUCAGGGUUACCAAGAAUCCCAGGAUGGCCAAUACUGUGUGGAUGUGAAUGAGUGUAUGCUGCUGAGCAGUGUAUGUGGAGAAGCCCAGUGUGUGAACGUUAAUGGUUCCUUCCUCUGUGUGUGUCCCAGUGGCCAGGAUUAUAACAUCAUGAUUGCAAAGUGUGAGCCGAUUCCCACAGCACCAUCAGUGGAGCGUAAGGACUGCUACUAUCGACUGAACAAUGAGAACCUGUGUGAGAGUGUGCUGACCAGCCAUGUCACCCUGCAGGAAUGCUGCUGCACACUGGGAGCCGGCUGGGGAGACAACUGUGAAGUGCAUCCCUGCCCUGUCAAUGGUACAGACCAGUUCAAUCAGAUGUGUCCAUUUGGAAAAGGUUUUAUUCUCAGUGGAGAGCAGCUGUAUGGAGUACCCACAGAUGAUAGCUACAAAGAUGCAGAUGAAUGUACACUGUUUGGCGAGGAAGUGUGUAAAGGAGGCUUCUGUUUGGAUACUGUGGGCAGCUAUGAAUGCUAUUGCAAGACCGGACAGGACUACGAUUCUACCGAACUGGAAUGCAAAGACAUCAAUGAAUGCCUGGAUGAGACUGUGUGUGUUGGUGGAGAGUGUUUGAACACAGAUGGUUCAUUCAUGUGUUUCUGUACACAUCCCAUGAAGUUGGACCCCAACAGUAACCACUGUGUCUUCAAUCCUGAGGAGGCCGAGCAACAUGAGGUGGAGCACAUAGAUUACCUGGGUAUCUGCUGGCAGACUGUGACAGAAACCAUGACAUGCACACUCCCACUGGCUGCAGAAAGGAAGACCACAUACACAGAGUGCUGUUGUCUCUACGGAGAGGGCUGGGGCAUGGACUGUGCUUUGUGUCCGGCCAAAAACACUGAGGAUUAUGCAUCCAUGUGUAACCUUCAUCUUGGUGGUAUGCAGCAGCCAUAUACUCAUGACAGCCUUGCUACUGGCCCAGAUCAUGAAUAUGCAGUGAGCCAAGACUUUUUGCCAUCACCUGAGCAGCAGGCUAUCCUACCUUUCUUUGAGAAUGAGGAGUAUCUAUCCCAGGCAUUUGAGGGUUUGCAAGCAGAAGAGUGUGGGAUACUAAAUGGCUGUGAGAAUGGUCGAUGCGUACGGGUUCAGGAGGGUUUCACCUGCGACUGCUUUGAUGGAUACUCCCUGGACUUGUCCCGCAUGGCCUGUAUUGAUGUGAACGAGUGUUCAGAACUAAACAAUCGGAUGUCGUUGUGUAAAAAUGCAAAAUGUAUCAACACAGCGGGAUCCUUUCAAUGUGUCUGUCUGCCAGGCUUUAUUGCCUCUGACAAACCCAAUUACUGUGUGGAGGCAACAACACACCAAACAUCAAUACACACACAAUGAACAUGGAUGAACACUAGAUGGAAACAAGAGACACUAAAACCAUAUGCACAAACUUAUUGGAUGCAUAAUCUGUAUUACUAUACUUAUGAGGAUGUCCACUGUCUACAUUCAGUCACUACCAAAUGCUCAGUUUUACGCUUACUAUUGAAUUCCAUGAUUUGAAGUACCUAGUAGCACUCCCAAACCUCAAACACUGGAGGAAUAUCAGAGAUUUGGUAGUUGUAUAAAAACGGUUGGAAUGCACCUAAAUGUAAUGGAAUAUAACUUAUAAUAAUCUUCGAGUAAAAUUUUAAUUGAUUGUAAACCCUUAAACAUAACCUUUGAAUUAAACUAAUCCUAUUCUAAUCUUACUCCAUAAUUUAAACCCAGAUCUGCAACCACUAUCAUUAUUUUUACUGAUUUUCUGAAUUUCCCUUCUGUACUCUAUGAAUUUGUACUUACAUUGCAAUAUAUUCGUAUAUUUUCUUCAUUUUUCUUCAUUUAAGUGAAUUCCUAAAUAUCGAGGCCAUAAAUUCAUCAAGAAAAAUACACCCCAAGACAUCUUUUCUUGUUUUGAACCUCCAUCGUUAAUGUUACUAGCUCCACCUGUCAUUUUGAUGCUAUUACAAGUCAAAAUGCUUGCUGUGUAAACUGUCUUUGAUUCUAAAAUUCUGUUAUGAAUAUGACAGAUCUAGACUAAAGCUGUGUCGCGAAUCAUUUUUUCGGCUUCCACAUAUAGUGUAAUGUAGUCCAGUUUACUCUACAGUAAGCAGUACAUUCAGAAUUUAGGCACUUAUGAAACUGAAUAAUUUUCACAGAAAACAUAAUGCAUUGCAUUCUGGGAAUAUCAUGGCUAGAUCAUCAGACCGGUGUAGUGCACUCCAUAAUGGCACCAAAUAUUGAAUGAAUUAAAUUGCGUUAUAUUAUUUUUUGAGCAUGUAAGUGAAAAAGAAGUGCACAUACUAUAGACAUAAUUUGCAUUCUAAUAGGAAAAUUUUAGGGCAGUGUAAUACUUGAAUUUUCACAGAAAAUGGUGGAGGUUAAAUGCAGUCUGUUGUUACUUUUGCAAAAUGUGCAAGAUCAAAGUUAUUAUAACUCAAUCUCUGGGGAACACAACUGUGUGAACAAAAUUCCAGGUAAUCCAUCCAAUAGGUAUUCAGGCAUGAUUCUGUAAACCCUAAAUUUCAGCCUCUCUGUGGCACUAAAGGAUAUUUAUUUAUUGGAUCCUCUAGGUCUUUAAAGUUCUCCAUCUAAUGAACAUGAUGGACUUUACAAAAUUUCAGUGUAAUACCUCCAAUUACAGUAAUUACUUUGAAAAAUCUUAGUAUAUCCAGAUGUUGAGACCAGAGUCUCCUUUAUCUCAUCUGUACAAGGUGCUAGGUCUUUAUAUGAAGCACACCUUUAUUUAUACAUUACCCCCCCACCCCGGUUAUGAAAUACCAUAUCAUUUUUAAUAUUUGCCUUUCGCCUUGUUAAAGUUACUGUGUUAUGCUGUUAAUACAAACUCAGUGCCUCCUAUAACAGUUCCAAAGCAAAAGCCCACAAGCAUUUCAGUCCACAGAAACCCAUCAUGUCUUGAGCAGGCUUUGACUGAGAAACUUUUACAGGCUAACGAAAGCAGCACAGGUUUUAACACUGUCAAAGCAAAGUGAAUGAGAUUAAUCAAAUUCCAUCACUCAGGUUUAACCAUAUUGGGUACAUUUAUUUAAAAUAUUGUGGACUGACACAGCAGAAACAAAGUAAACCUUAGGUACCACUCCUCCAGAUAUAAACAUCAAUAGUCAUUACUAUUAAACAAAGUUAAAUAUCCAUCAGCGAUCAGAUUCAAUUGCAAGAGCACCAUCAUCAAAACUCAAAAAUAAUAUCUGUCUAAAUAUUAAUGUCAUCAUGCCUUGCCUUGAUAAAUGAGGAUGAUGAUGAUGUGAUCUUUACGUUCAAUAACAUGAUUAUAUUAUUUAAAGUGGUAGAAUUGUUUCCCAGAUUUUAGAUAACUUCCAAUUUUAUUUUAGCAAGCAGUUAUGUUUGACCAAAGUGGUUGGAAAAGCAGCUUGUGACCGAAGGGUUGCCGGUUCGAUUCCCGCCACCCCGGACUGGCAGGAAAAAUUUGGGUGUGGUGGAGUGUAUAAUAAAGCCCACUGCUCCUGUGUGUUUCACUGCAUGUUGCAUGUGUGUGUGUUUCAAUCAGUGAUGGGUUAAAUGCAAAGAAGUAAUUUCCCAGUUUGGGAUUAAUAAAGUUAAAAAAAAAAAUUGACAUUGUCAUCCAUUUAGGUUUGUGAACCACUAUUUUUGAAUUCUUACCAAAUAUCUACUCACAUACUUAUCAUUUCCUAACAUGUAUGAUGUAUUGUCACAAUAAAUAAUUUGUUUUUUCUUACAUAGUACAACAUUUGAUGGCAAUCCCGAUGAAUCAUUUUAAGGAGUGAGUGUGGCUGAGCAGUGUUGUGAAAAAUGGAUAGUACAGUAGAAAAGAGAUAGUGCUCAGAGGGAAAGGGCUUGCAAAUACUGUAAAAUUGCUGAUGUUUUCACAAGCAAAUAAAAGAAAAAGAUAUACUAACAGGGCUGACUUCAUCACAUCACAAUCAUGGAAGUGCACUUAACUAACUUGUGAAACUUUUUUCGAGUAAAAGUAAAACAUAUGUUACUAUUAUAAACAAUA